AUAACUGGCGACGACUAUCCAGCCUUGAUGGACGCAUCAUUUGAAUGCAGCUGUGACAUUUUUUUGGAGAACGUAAAAGAGGAUGGGAUCAGAUCAGACACGGUAUUUCUUCCGGGUUGAGGUAGUGAAGGGAGGGAUGAGCAGUGAUGUUGCCUCUGUUUGCUCCGCACAUCAGCAGCGGAGCCUCAGUCCUCAGUCUGAGCCAGGCCAGGGACAGGCAGCACGUCCGCCCGGAGAGAGAGAGAGAGAGAGAGAGGGAGAGGGAGACACCGCACCGCACCGCAUAGCUUUACAACCGGCUGAACCGUGAUCACAUCCAUGAUCCUUUUUUUUUUUUUUUUUUUUUUUUUUUUCUUUCUUUCAAAUGGAUGUCUCCUCUUGUACCGUCGUUUGACACCGGACGGGACUCCUCCUGGUUUUGCUGCCGCCUGAAACACCUCAUCCCCGGCUUAGGAGCAUGUUUGAGUGACUAGCGAAGGAGGAAGUGGGAUCUCUCACGCUCCGCCCCCUGUGCUGGUGGAGCAACCUGCACAUCUGACCAGAGACCGCUAUAGUCACUUUGACAGGAUGCGGAGGUUCGCUUACUGUAAGGUGGUUUUGGCCACUUCUCUGGUGUGGGUGAUGCUGGACAUGUUCAUUCUGCUCUACUUCAGCGAGUGCAACAAGUGUGACGACAAAAAAGAGAGAGGACUACCAGGGAGACAAGAUACCCUGACCAGGCCGCGGGAUGGGCCCGGUGAAGGUGGAAAGCCUGUGGUGAUCCCGAAGGAGAACCAGGAAAAGAUGAAGGAGAUGUUUAAGAUCAACCAGUUCAACCUCAUGGCCUCGGAGAUGAUUGCUCUCAAUCGUACACUGCCUGACGUCCGGCUUGAAGGGUGUAAGAACAAGUUAUACCCUGAUAAUCUUCCCCGUACCAGCGUGGUGAUUGUAUUUCACAAUGAGGCGUGGAGCACACUGCUGCGAACCGUCCACUCCGUCAUCGACCGAUCUCCUCACACACUGCUGGAGGAGAUUGUCCUGGUGGACGAUGCCAGUGAGAGAGAUUUCCUGAAGCGGCCGUUGGAGCAGUAUGUGAGAAGGCUGGAAGUCCCUGUCAGAGUGGUUCGGAUGGAACAGCGGUCUGGACUUAUUCGUGCUCGCCUCAAGGGAGCGUCCCUCUCCACUGGCCAGGUCAUAACCUUUCUGGAUGCUCACUGUGAAUGCACAACAGGGUGGCUGGAGCCUCUGCUCGCCCGCAUCAAGCAAGACAAGAGAACAGUGGUGUGCCCCAUUAUCGACGUGAUCAGCGAUGAUACGUUCGAGUACAUGGCAGGAUCCGACAUGACCUACGGGGGCUUCAACUGGAAGCUCAACUUCCGCUGGUACCCUGUACCCCAGAGAGAGAUGGACCGCCGCAAAGGAGACCGCACGCUGCCUGUCAGGACUCCUACAAUGGCAGGGGGCUUGUUCUCCAUAGACAGAGAUUAUUUCCAGGAGAUCGGCACAUACGACGCAGGCAUGGACAUCUGGGGUGGAGAGAACCUGGAAAUCUCUUUCAGAAUCUGGCAGUGCGGUGGGACGCUAGAGAUUGUCACAUGCUCUCACGUGGGCCACGUGUUCAGAAAGGCAACACCCUACACGUUCCCUGGAGGAACGGGACAGAUCAUCAACAAAAACAACCGACGCCUGGCCGAAGUCUGGAUGGAUGAAUUCAAAAACUUCUUCUACAUCAUCUCUCCUGGUGUGACCAAAGUGGACUAUGGUGACAUCACAUCUCGCUCGGCUCUGAGACAAAAGCUUCAAUGUAAACCUUUCAGCUGGUACUUGGAGAAUGUCUACCCUGACUCUCAGAUCCCCAGACACUAUUACUCCCUGGGAGAGAUCCGCAACGUGGAGACAAACCAGUGCCUGGACAACAUGGCCCGCAAGGAGAAUGAGAAAGUUGGCAUAUUCAACUGCCACGGCAUGGGAGGCAACCAGGUUUUCUCUUACACGGCCAAUAAGGAGAUCAGGACGGAUGACUUGUGUCUAGACGUGUCCAAGCUAAACGGACCCGUCAUGAUGCUCAAGUGCCAUCACCUCAAAGGCAACCAGCUCUGGGAGUACGACCCCGUGAAGCUGACCCUGAUCCACGUCAACAGUAACCAGUGUCUGGACAAGGCCAGUGAGGAGGACAGCCAGGUGCCCAGCGUCAAAGACUGCACACACACACGCUCCCAACAGUGGCUACUGCGCAACGUCACACUACCAGAGGUCUUCUGACCACACUCGGCACACCCACAAACACACACACUCACACACACAGCGGCCCAGAGUAAGCAAUCAGGGGACCAGGCGUGUUUAUUGAAAUCGGGCACAAGGAAAGGAAAGACUUCCCACGAGGGGAUUCGGAAAGAGAGGAGGACGGAUUGGACAGUACUACCUCUGCCAGAGAUCAGAGGGAGGAGUGUGUUUGACCCUCCUCAGAGCGAGAAAAGAGGAAAGACUCCCUCUAGGAGACGAUGGCUUUUGUUUUCCGUUUGUUUGUUGUUUUUUUAAAGCGAUUUUACCGCAGAGAGUGACUCGCUCACUGGCCGUGGAUACGAGACUGGCCAGUGGAGUCGAGGUUUGCACCCCCCGCUUCCCUGGACAAAGCAGUCCACCCCUCAUGUCAUCACCUAACGUUUACUGACUGCCUCUUAUGGAGUGUGUGUGUUUGUGAAUGGGUGUGUGUACUCAAUGAUGAAUGUAUGCUUUGAGAAAGGGGGCUGAAUUCCUUGGUCAUUUUUUUUUUGUUUUAAUUUAAUUUUUUAAUUGAUUUUAAAAAUGAACUUUUAUGAAGAAGGGUGCAUGUAUAAGUGUGUGUGGAUGGAUGGAUGUGUGAGACUGUCGUGCGUGUGUGUGUUUGUGUCAGAGCCCCUCCUACAGUCUUGCAGCAGUGUAUGUCUCCCUCUGGUGUUACUCCCUGGCAUCUGAUUCUGCAGACUUAAGCCUCCCCGCUGAGGAAUUUCCACAGGACUGCAUAUAAAAAAUAAAAAAUAAAAAAAACGAGAGGACCCCACAAAUGACCCGCGACGUCUGCCAUCCGCAGAGAUCUAGAAAUAGGAAUAUUAUGUUUGUGAUAUCUUGAGAUUUUUAUGUCAAGUUUUUACAUGGCUAUGUCUGUUUCUACAGUCCUGUGAGAGUGCCACAGAGCAGUAACCCUAGUCUGUCUGUCCGUCUCUGUUGUCUUUAAAGAUGUUUAACAUAGAGCGCACACACACACACACACACACACACACACACACACACACAGAGAGAGAGACACAGAGGAAUCUGCAUAUGUAACUGAUAUUCACUGCCUAAUGUAGUGUUAGACUAUAGGGAACGCUCUCAUAAGGCACUACAUAUUCCCACACACGUCCUGUAUACAAAUAGGAAUAAGGCUUCACUGGCCUGAUACUUUAAUCCAUUUUGUCAUAUCUUCUUCUCAAUGACCUCUUAAAGAAAAUACACUCCAAGGGCUUCUUUCCUCCAGUGGAGUGUGUGGUAGGAUGUUUAUUGUGUGUGUGUGUGUGUGUGUGUGUGUGUGAGAAUGUGUGUCUAAAGCACUAAUCCCUGGUCCAUCAGCUCCCUGUUUACUAGGACAAACAGCUCUCAGAUUCCUCGCUGGUGGACAAUGGUAGACUAGAGUAGACUGACGUCAGAUCAGCGUAUCCCUGCGUCUGUUGUACAAAAGAUCAAAAAGCUGCUUUUUUUUCUUUUAAACGGAGGCGGGUCUCUGCACUCUCUGGAGGACAUAUCUAUAGUAGGAAAGGAAGCCUGGAAAGCGGUUGUUAAAAUACCCGAGGUGUUUGAAAAUGUGAUUUUGGAGAUUAAAUCAGGGACAGAAUAAUAAAUGGAGAGAGUUAAGAUUUGAAAUGUGGAUUACAAAGAGCGAAACAGCAGAAGACAUAUCUUAAUCCAUAACUACAUAUCUGACUGGGCAAGCUCACCUGCAGUAUUCCACUAGUCAUAUCUCAGUGAGCUAGACAGCUAAAGGGUUACGUCAGUGUGUCCUUUUCAUUUCAUUGAACCAUCAUGCUUAUUUUAUUGUGUUUUUUUUUGUAUCACUCCUGCGACUCAGAGCAGGAGAGAUGAUUUCAUAAAGGUUUUAACCAUUUGGGCUUCCUCCAGUGGAGGAGGAGUUUACACACAGGACACUGGUUCAUCUUUGUUGUGGACACGAUCGUGAGAGAAGGCUGUUGGCUGAUUUCAUGUCUGAGCGAGUGACUGCGUGGGGAAGAUGUGAAAGUUUUUAUUGAUUGUGAGACAGAGAGAGUGUAACGAUUGAUUCGAUUUUUGGGGGGUGGGUUUAACUGACAUGUCCAGGCUUCCACACUGAGCUGAUCCAAAUGUAGACAAUAAAGUGAAAAAGUUUACAGAACAA